GUAGUGAAACGAUUCGUUUAGAUCUCAUAAAAGCAUUGUCUUCGUCUUCUUUUCUUCUUCUUCUUCCUUUUGUUUAGGUUUCGCAGAGCUUCCUUCAGCGUCCUUCUCCGACCCAUUUACCUGUAUUUCACUCUUUCAAGCACAACUACACCAUACAGUCCUUUCAAGUUUGAAAUUGGAACUCGUUGAAUCGUAUCGUAUCGUAUUGUAUCCUAUCAUCAUAUCGCGUCGCACGAUAUCUCGGUUCCUUUGCUUCUUUCUGAAUUCCCAUUGAUCGAUCGUAAUUGAGAGAUGGUAAAAGCGAGGGACAGAACCGAGGAUUUCAAAGAUACCGUGCGCCGCACCGCUCACUCUUUGGGCUAUGACGAGGCUAAAGUAGCGUCUAUUAUGGCAUCUUUCAUCAUCCAUAAACCGCCGCAAAGGUCUCCGUUUUCCAAAGCCGCAUUGAAGACGCUGGAGAGUAUUGGAGAGCUCGAUCAGUUUUUGUUGAAGCACAGAAAGGACUACACGGAUCUGCAUCGCACCACAGAAAAGGAAAGAGAUAGCAUCGAGCAUGAAGUUAGUACUUUUAUUAAAACAUGCCAGGAACAAAUUGAUAUUCUUAAGAAUAGUAUAAAUCAAGAAGAGGAAACUUCCAAAGGUUGGCUUGGCAUUGCGACUACAAAAUCUAAUGCCGACGUGAUUGCCCACAAACAUGGGGUGGUUCUAAUUUUAAGUGAGAGACUCCAUACAGUCACUGCACAGUUUGAUCAGCUAAGAGCUGUACGCUUCCAGGAUGCUAUUAAUAAAGCAAUACCACGGAGAAAACUUAACCGUGUAACCAGAAAAGAUUCUGCAGAAACCUCAAAACCAGAUGGCAUGGACCUCAGAGAACCUGAAGAGUUACGUGCUGAGCCUCUACGAGUUCAGCAACAACUCUUGGACGAUGAAACACGUGCCCUGCAGGUGGAAUUGACUAAUCUUCUCGAUACAGUUCAAGAAACCGAAACUAAGAUGGUGGAAAUGUCUGCACUAAAUCACCUCAUGUCUACUCAUGUUUUGCAGCAAGCUCAGCAAAUUGAGCAUCUUUAUGAGCAGGCUAUUGAAGCCACUAAGAAUGUUGAGCUCGGUAACAAAGAACUCUCACAUGCCAUUCAGCGGAAUAGCAGCAGCAGGACAUUUCUUUUACUGUUUCUAUUUGUGCUUACUUUUUCAAUCCUCUUUCUUGAUUGGUAUAGUUAAAUGCAUUUGGUUUUCUGCUAGCACAGUGAAUCUUCUUAUAGAAACUCUGCCCUCUCUCGCUUUUC